GCAGAUUUUAGUGUACAUUAAUUUAGUGCCAAUUUUAUAUUUAGAAUAAAACUGGAGAUUAAACUGAUCAAGAUUUUACAGGUGACAGUUAACAGACAUUUUUCUGUCAAUUGUCACUCACGUGGAAAGAUGAAAAUAAAAAAAAACUGUCAUAUUUUCAAUAAAACCACAACAAAUUGAAAAAAUAAAUUGGACAGUUUAAAGAUUUGCUUGAGAACCAAUAACUUUUUGUUUUCUCGGCGCGUAAUUAUAAUUUCUUUAUCAUGAUAGUCGAGUUCAUCAAAUAUAAAAUGCAAAUAUUUAAUCAUCUACCCUUUAGAAUAUCGUAAAAAUAUGAACAAUUUCUAAAAGUUAGGUUAGGAUCCUCCGUUUCAUGUUAAACUGAAUACCUGACCCCCGGUAAAUUCCAACUAUAAAACGGGUUUAAAAUGACGUUUGAGGUUUAAUAUUCACUUAUCAAAUUGGGCCUUACAGUAGUAGAAUGAACAAUCAUUUAACUUGAUAGUAUUUUUGAUACCUUUUUAAGAAUAUUACAUAUUUACUUAUGAAAUAUGCAUUAGGUUAAGCAAAAAAUUAAUGGACGCGUUUGUUUUUGAAUAGAGUUCAAUAUAGAGGUUUGAAAGUAUAGUAUACAAAUAUGGAAUUUUCCCAUUGCUGUUUAUAAAUACCAAGAGCCUUCUAUAAUGUAUUUUUUAUUAUUUCCCUACUGUACUUUGUAGGGUUCAUAAGUGAGGUUUAAACUUCAAUUAUAGAGUUAAUGUUUUAAAUUUUUUAUAAAAUGUAACUUAUAAUCUUUUUUUUAUAAUCAAUGAAUUGUUCAAAAACUCGAUAUAGGAUAAUUAAAAAAAACGCACAAGGUACUAUAAAGUUUUACAAAGUACGGUUCAAACGGCUAUUACAUUAAAUUUGCAAUUUUUCUAAUUUGUUGAUAAAAAAUGAUAUUGUAAGUUACCUAACAUUACAUUUGGUGUAACCAAUAGGAAAUAUGAGUAAUCAUUUAAAAUAGAAUAAUAAUUUGCCGAUUUUGAAAACAAUAAAUAUUACAACAUCGAAAAGUCAUCCACGAUAGCCAACAUUUAGAAUGUAGUUUCCCCCAAUAGAAAAGUAAUAAUCCCCUUUAAAUAUUUAUAUUUUGUUCUGUGGUUGCAAUUGUUACUAAAAUUGACUAUUUCAGAUCAUAACCUCAACAAGUCUUUGUUGUGUAUAGAAACUUCAACAUCUAAUUAUAACUGUGCAAUUUUGCUUAUUUUCGAGACGUUUUAUCGUGUUUUAAUUGUGUAGUUGUUUCCGUGGGUAAAACAUAGUUUUAAGACUCCGAUAUGAGUACUUAUAUUGUGAAUUUACAUACAGAGAGUCUGGAAUUUGCGAUUAAAUAUAAACAAAGAAUAUCCCCACAUUUAAGUAAUGAUCUAGUGGACUUCCAAAAACUUAUAGAUAUUGAUAUUAUUAAUUAUUUAGUGUUACCCAAAAGUUAUGGCAGGAAGUCAAAAAGUAACAAAUUACAAUUUUAUCAGGACUAAAAUUCCCUACGAAGUGCUAGAAAAUCGGGAAAGUGGCGAAGUUCGAGGGUAAAUUUUUUUCUGCGGUUAAUAAUUUUUUUUCUACUUCACCGUUGGUGAAUCAAAUAAGGGAUUUAAUGACAAGACAAACAAAUCAAUCAGACAGUGAAACGACGAUGUCUCUUCAAAAUGCACCAGAAGACACUAACGAAUCGACGUUCGAAGUACAAGUCGACAAACCUAUCGGUACUCCUUCUAGGUCCCCCUCAUAUGAAAACAAUAAACUUAAACUCGAAGAUCGUUCAAGAAAUCAAAGUUUUUGUAUUAGGAAUAUGCCUGUAUCUAGAAGUCAAAUGAAAGAAUUUAGAGAAGCUUUUCGACUAUUCGAUAAAGAUGGCGAUGGUAGUAUAACGAAAGAAGAAUUAGGUAGAGUUAUGAGGUCGCUUGGACAGUUUGCUCGUACGGAAGAAUUACAACAAAUGUUACAAGAAAUCGACGCUGACGGUGAUGGUAACGUUAGUUUUGAAGAAUUUGUCGAUAUAGCUUGGUCAGCAAGUUCUGGAAACGAUCCAAAUCAAACUUUAUCCUUAGAAGAAGAAGAGAAAGAACUUAGAGACGCUUUUAGGGUGUUUGAUAAACAUAACAGAGGUUACAUAUCGGCUUCAGAUCUCAGAGCAGUGUUACAUUGUCUUGGAGAAGAUUUAUCUGAAGAAGAAAUUGAAGAUAUGAUCAAAGAAGUUGAUGUAGAUGGAGAUGGACGAAUAGAUUUCUAUGAAUUUGUGAAUGCUUUGGGAGAACCUGGAACGGAAGAUAGCUAUGACGAAGAUGAUGAUGACUACCUAGCGUUUUACAAUUAAAUAUUUGAAAAUUGAAGAAAAUCGACGUUUUUAUGUACCUGUAUCUUAUCCAUCUUAUCAAAUUUGAAGCUUUGAAUAACAAUUGCAAAUAUCAUAGUAUACUAAUAUAUGUCUGCCGUUUUAAUUUUUAUUUCUGUACUUAUAAAUUUUAUUGUUUGAUCUAAAUAAAGGAUUUAACUGCUUUUUUCUUUCUAACCUUUACGUACCUUUUAAGGCGAAAAAAAAAAUAAUAUUAUUUUCAUAACUUUUGGUGGAAUGAAUAACAUUUUCGAUUUGGUCUUCAUUUUUAUGAUUGUAAAUAUAAUAAAU